AUUCAGCGAUAUAUUAUUAUAUUCCGACGUAUGGCGGCGGGGCGAACGCGUUUUCGUCCAAAGUUUUGGGCCGCGAGCGCGCCCGCGUGCACGUGUAUCGAAAAAACCUAUAUAAGGUAAUUGGGUGGUGUCGGCGGCGGCGGCGGCGUAUGUGAAUGAGCGAGCGGGACCAGGAGGGAGAAAGGGUCGAAGGGUCGGUUGGCGGUUUAAGGCGAGGCGAGGUGAGGCGUCACAAGGUGGCGGCGGCGGAGGUCGCGAACGAGCAGCAUUACGAGGGUGUAGGCGGGCGACGAAGACAGGGUCGUGACGCGGACGGAGUGGCGGGCGUCGUCGGGUGGCCCCCGUGCCGAAUCAAUACGGCGCGCGCGGCGUACAACUAUGCGCGACCGGCCCCGCCACCGUCGCCUCAAAGCUCGCGAGAGUGUCGGUGCGCGCCAAGCGGAAUACCCGGGCGGCACGGGGCGUCCCGUCGCCCAGCUGCCGGAGCGCGCAAACAACCCUGGAGAAAGCUCUCCGGGACCGCGCACGGACAAUCGCGCUCGCGGACGGACGGUCGCUCGCACACCGUACACACACGCGCACACCCGCACACCCGCACACCCACACACAAACACCUAUACACCAGCCGCACGUAAUACGCACGCGCAAGCGAACACGCUUUUUCCUAUUUUUCCGGUCCUUUUUAUAUUCUACUCUCGCUCCGCGGCAUCUCUGUUUCGGCCGCUCGGGCGCGCGCGUUCUCUGUCGAGCUCUCGUCGUCGUCGUCUCUCUCUCUCUCUCUUUCUCGCUCGCCGUCCGCAAGGCGCACGGCGCGCGCGUCGCACUCUGCACCGCGUAUAGGUACGUCGCGUACGUGUGUAUACGCGCGCCCGGCUCCGCGGAAAUAUCCCGGCCGAAGUCGUCUCCGUCGCCGUUAAACAGGUACCGAUAAUAAUAAUAAUAAUAUUGUUUGACGCACCGACCGACGGCACGUUAAUCCGCGUGUCGUAUCAGUGAUUUUUCGUACGGUUUUUUUUUUUUAUCCGACCGACGAGCCAGACCCCCGGGAGCGGCGCGGGCAGAGGAAAAGGCGGCGGUUGCGGUAGGCCAACCCCCCCACCUCCACCACUCGUUAUCGCCGCUACGACGACCGCGACGACGUCGCCGUAUAUGGUGCUCUGGCGACGGCCGUGCCAGAUCGGUGGUUGGCCCGCGGGACGUCCACGACGACGCGCCGACAGCACCAUAGUCACCGCCCGUACCAGCCGCAGCGGCCACGGCCACGAUGACGUGUGGCGGCCGGCGGCUAUCGCCGUCGUAUUACCGACACCACAGGCGCCGGUGUCGGCACGCCGGCGACCAGCAGCACCGCCGCCGUAUGAACCACCAACACGAUCACCGCAACCAUCACCACUAUCACCACAACUACUAUCGUCACCAUCAUCACCACUACCACCAUCACAAUCACCAUCGCCAACACGACCGAAACGGGCGCGGCCCGCACCGGCCGCGGGCCACCGUCACUGCCGAUAGCCGCGCCCGUAUGCCGUACGCGGCCACUGAAGCCGUGGACGCGUCAGAUGCGAAGUCGCCGCCGUUGUCGCCGCCGACAAUGAAGCACUCGACCAACCCCCGAAGGCAUUCGUCGUCUCUGUCGUCGGCGGCGGCUGUCCGCCGGAUGUCCGCGUGGCUGGUGGCCUGCGUUGCCUUUUGGGCCCCAUCGACGCCCUGCACGCAUGCCGCUAGUAUGUUUGGAGACGUGAAUAUUUCGGCCAUACUCGAUUCAUUCAGCGGCAGUUACGACAAAAGAGUAAGACCGAAUUACGGAGGUCCCCCAGUAGAGGUCGGAGUCACCAUGUAUGUUCUCAGUAUAAGCUCCGUGUCCGAAGUACUCAUGGACUUUACCCUGGACUUUUACUUCAGACAGUUCUGGACCGAUCCCCGGUUGGCAUUCACUAAGCGGCAAGGUGUUGAGACCCUAUCCGUGGGAUCGGAAUUCAUAAAGAAUAUUUGGGUUCCCGACACGUUCUUCGUCAAUGAGAAACAGUCGUACUUCCACAUAGCGACCACCAGCAACGAAUUCAUCCGGAUACACCAUUCGGGGAGCAUAACGCGAAGUAUUCGAUUAACCAUCACUGCCUCGUGUCCCAUGAACUUGCAGUACUUCCCAAUGGACCGACAAUUGUGCCACAUCGAGAUCGAAAGCUUUGGAUACACGAUGAGGGACAUCAGGUAUAAAUGGAACAAGGGACCAAACUCGGUGGGCGUGUCCAACGAAGUAUCGCUGCCGCAGUUUAAAGUGCUCGGGCACCGUCAACGAGCGAUGGAAAUAAGCUUGACGACGGGAAACUAUUCGAGACUGGCUUGUGAGAUCCAAUUUGUACGGUCCAUGGGUUACUACCUGAUUCAGAUCUAUAUACCCAGCGGACUGAUCGUCAUAAUAUCGUGGGUUAGCUUUUGGCUAAAUAGGUGUGCAACACCCGCCCGCGUCUCGUUGGGUGUUACUACUGUGUUGACCAUGACUACACUCAUGUCAUCCACCAAUGCUGCGCUGCCGAAGAUAUCUUACGUCAAGUCCAUCGACGUUUACCUGGGCACGUGUUUCGUCAUGGUGUUUGCUUCGCUCUUAGAAUAUGCCACCGUAGGGUACAUGGCUAAGAGAAUACAAAUGAGAAAAAACCGUUUCUUAGCAAUACAAAAAAUUGCCGAACAGAAGAAAGGCGGUGGUGGAAGCGGUGGAGGAGUUGGUGCAGGUGGUCACUCCGCCCACGACGGCCACUCGCACGCUCAUCACACAUCACGUCACAGUCAUGGUCACGGCUCGAUAUCCGGUCACAGCACCCUGUCGGGACACGGCACUCUGUCCGGUGGCCACGGGCACCAGUCCGGCCAUGGUACGCUUCCCCACGGAAUGUCCAGCCAUAUACUGGCGUCACAUGGAACUAUGUCCAGCCAUGGUUACGACAGCGGAGGUCACCGGCACAGUCACAUGAGUCAUGGAGGAUCGCUGUUAACUGGAGACUUAGACCACAUGCCUCGACAAACCGAGGUGCGGUUCAAGGGUCAUGAUACAAAAAACUACCUCAAGAGUGGUUCUUUAGAUAACACCAUCAACGGCAGAGGGGAUGACGACAACAUCACUCCCAUCCCCACGCAACAUGUCUUGCACCCCAACAAAGACAUCAACAAGCUAUAUGGCAUUACGCCCAGUGACAUUGAUAAGUACUCGAGGAUCGUGUUCCCGGUGUGCUUCAUCUGCUUCAAUCUUAUGUAUUGGAUUAUAUACCUACACAUUAGUGACGUGGUCGCCGAUGAUCUGGUGCUUCUGGGCGCAGACUGAACUCAUCGGUUACCGUGUUCACCAAACCGCCGUUUUAUAUACCACACACAGACACACACACAGACAGACAUACACACACACACACACACACACACACACACACACACACACACACACACACACACACACACACACACACACACACACACACACACACACACACACACACACACACACACACA